UGCUGUGGAUGCCCUGCUGGAGCAGGGGGCUUGGGCUGGCUGAUCUCCAGAGCUCCCUUCCAACCCCUACCACGCCGAGAUUCAGGGAUGCGUUUUGCAUCCGAUUGGUUUGGGCUGGAGCAGAGCCAGCAGUGACGUGCAGCGGGGCAGGCAGCCAAGGAGGCAGAGCAGGAAGCCUGCGCUCUUUCUCCUCCUAGCACAGAUGGGCUGGGACAAGUGGGCUGCAACUGGCACCGAGUUGCUGCCUGCACCCCACCAGCUCCACAGCUCAGCAGGGUCGUGUCUAAGCCCUCCGAAAUCUUCUGCUCAGGGAGGAAGUCCCUGUUACGUGGGUGAGGAAGCAGCCCGUGGCACACCGCAGUGUAAGCAGCUCCACCUUGCUCCCGCGGAACCAUGGAAACCAGCAGCGUCUCCCCACAGCCCUUGGGCAGUGCGGCCAUGAAAGCUCCCGAGGAGGAGAGCGAUGGUGGUGGUGGGAAGGAAAGCAUGGAUGGUGAUGCCGCGAGCAGGAACCCCUACGCUGGGCUGGUGAACCACCUGAGGACAAGCUGGCUCUCAAGGAAGACAUGGCCCAUGCAGUAUCGUGUGGCCCAGCUGGAGGCCCUGGGGCGUUUCCUGGAGGAGAAGGAGGAGGAGAUCCUGGAGGCCACCACCCUGGACAUGGGGAAGCCACACUUUGAGACACAGCUCUCCGAGAUCUUCGUUUGCAGGAGCGAGCUCAACCACACGCUCAACAACCUGAGCACCUGGAUGAAGGAUGAGCACGUGGAGAAGAACUGGGCCAUGCAGCUGGACUCAGCCUUCAUCCGCAAGGACCCCUAUGGGGUGGUGCUCAUCAUUGGGCCCUGGAACUACCCAAUCAACCUCCUCCUGGUGCCCCUCAUUGGGGCCAUUGCUGCUGGUAACUGCGUCGUGGUGAAACCCUCUGAAGUCAGCAAGAACGCGGAGAGGUUAAUGGCUGAGACACUGCCAAAGUACCUGGACAAGGACUGCUUUGCCGUGGUGACUGCCGGUGUGGAGGGGACCACCAGACUGCUGGAGAACAAAUUUGACUACAUCUUCUACACUGGCAGCCCCUCGGUGGGCAGGGUGGUGAUGACAGCCGCGGCCAAGCACCUGACGCCGGUGACGCUGGAGCUGGGGGGCAAGAACCCCUGCUACGUGUCCGACAGCUGCGACGUGCGGAACGUGGCGCGCAGGGUGGCCUGGGGCCGCUUCUUCAACGCCGGCCAGACCUGCGUCGCGCCCGACUACGUCCUCUGCAGCCUGGAGACGAGGGAGCAGCUCCUGCCCGCCCUGCGCGAGGCCAUCGCCGAGUUUUACGGCCCCAACCCUCAAGAGUCCUCCAGUUUUGCCCGCAUCAUCGGGGACGGGCAGUUCCAGCGGGUGAGGGCCCUGCUCAGCAGCGGGCGCGUGGCCAUGGGAGGACAGACGGACGCAGGGACACGCUACAUCGGUGAGGACACGGCCUGGAGGGCUGGGGGCAAGGUGGAAGGGCAGGCUUCGGAGGGGAAGGGGUCCCAGACACUCCAGGCGUGGCUCUUCCCUCUCUUGGCAGCCCCCACAGUGCUGGUGGAUGUGCAGCAGGAUGACCCUGUGAUGAAGGAGGAGAUCUUCGGGCCCAUCCUGCCCAUCCUCACAGUGAAGAGCGUGGAUGAUGCCAUCGCCUUCAUCAAUGCCCGGGAGCGGCCGCUGGCCAUCUAUGUCUUCUCCUCCUGCAAGCAGGUGGUGAAUCAGGUGCUGGAGAGGACAAGCAGCGGUGGCUUCUGUGGCAACGACACCCUGAUGCACUUCACGCUGACCUCGCUGCCUUUCGGUGGCAUUGGGCAGAGCGGCUUGGGCCAUUACCACGGCCGCUUCACCUUCGACACCUUCUCGCACCUGCGGGCCACCGUGCUGCGUGGGAACGGCCGGGAAGCCCUCAACAAGCCCCGCUACCCGCCCUACGAGCCGCGGCACCUGCCGCUGCUCCGCUCCGCCACCCAGCAGCGGCGGCACCGCAGCUGCGCCCUGCUCUGACCCCGGCCGCGCAAUAAACACCCACUGCGGCCGCGGCCGCACGCACGA